AUGGUUGGUUAUAUACCGAAUAAUGGCCCUUCUUCAAACCAGGUCCAGCAAUAUUCGUACCAACAACGCCCUCAACAACAGCCUGAGUCAAAACCUAAUGGUCCCUUUGUGCAAUUCCCUCAACAACAACAACAACAUCAACCAAAUUCUGCAAACUACCACCUUCAACCACACCAACCUUUACAACAGCUUCUGCAGCAGCCAAAGCCUCCUCUGGAACAUCAGAUUCAAACUUAUCAUCCUCAACACCCUUCUACAACCACUUCUAAUACGACCAACAUGCAAUAUAUUCGACAGUUUCUGUAUCAAGUUAAUCCAAAUUAUUCAGCAACUUUAAAAUUUGUUAAAGAUUUAGACCUGAUGACUAAGAAUUGGUCUGCUACUGAGAUUAAAAGCAGUAGAAGACUAGUGAAGUUUGAAUUUACUACUGAGAAUUAUGUUCAAGUUAUUGAUUUCAAUCCAAUUUCCACUACUGAUUAUGACAAUUUAAAACCAACAAUAUCAUGUAUUUAUUGGAAAGAAAUGAAUUCAUAUGUGGUUACUUCAGUUGAUAUCAUAAUAUUAUUGGAAUAUUUGGUUAAUCAAACCUUUGAUGUGGAGGAAGAGAACAAAAUUAGAAGAAAUUUGCUUAGUUCCAAACCUACUACUAGAUCUGGAGCAAAUAGUUUCUGA